AUGGAAGGUUUCAGUCAAGGUGAAGUAGACCGCCUAUUUAGCGCCUUAGUUUUACCGAAUUUCGCUGAUGGUCUGACUGUUUUUGGCGCUGUAGACUCAGAUCUCACGGUCAUACAAAACUUUCUGGAUACCGUGUAGCAUGAAAAUUUUGCGGGUUCUAAUUUUUGCGAAUUUUGCGGAUUGACCUCGAUCCGCAAAAAUUAGUUCCCGGAGAAAAAAAACCCCGCAAAAUAAAACGCCGCAAAAAUUAACUCCCUUCAGUCAAAUUAAAAACUCUGCUUUUAAUGGACUUGUUGUGUAUGGUAGGGAUAGGCUUUUGCAGGUUGUUUUGUUUUGCUGUUGUUCAGUCCCUUUGUGCAGUAAGAUAUUACAGUGAUGGCGUAUUAUUCUCCAUUAAAUAUGUAAGUAGAGUGAACUUUGACUCAACACACUGUAAAAUAAAAGUUGAAAAUACCAUAUUAAGGUUUCUUCCACUUAAAUAUUCUGCUACUUGAACAGAGAAUCGCAAAAAUUAGUUCCCACCAGAAAUUUCAUUCAUCUGGAACCGCAAAAAUUUGUUCCCGCAAGCCACAAAAAAUCGCCAAUCCGCAAAAUAAAACUCCCGCAAAAUUUUCAUGCUACACGGUAGAUGCCCCGGGGUAGAUUCUUUAAAAGGAAAUACAAAUGUAAGAGAAUGGACAUUCGAGAACUUUUAGAAAAGGCAGAUAAGAAGCUUUCCAAGGUGCGUUCAGUGGAUACCGGCUGAACGCUUAGUAACAUUAUUCCGAAGAAGAAAGAAACAAAGUAUCAUCAAAACUGCUCAUCGCCCGGAGAUCGAGACUGA